AGUUCCUAGGAGCGCGUACAUUGCGGAUUCUGGGCUAGGGAAUGGAGAGAGCGCAGCCGGAGCCGGAGCGGGAGCGGGAGCAGGAGCGGGACUCGGACCCGGAGGCGGAGGCAGCGGCCCGGGCACUGCUCACAGACCUCUACCAGUUCACCAUGGCUCUGGCCUACUGGCGGGCGGGCCGGGCCCAGGAGCCCGCGGAGUUCGAGCUGUUCUUCCGCCGCUGCCCCUUCGGGUCCUCCUUCGCCCUGGCCGCGGGGCUGCGGGACUGCAUGCGCUUCUUGCGCACCUUCCGCCUGCAACCGGCAGAUAUAAAGUACUUGGCCUCUGUGCUCCCGCCAGACACGGACCCUGCAUUCUUUGAAUACCUGCAGGGACUGGACUGCUCUGGGGUGACCAUUCGAGCACAGCCUGAGGGCUCCCUCGCCUUUGCCCGUGUACCACUGCUCUGCGUGUCUGGGCCUCUCCUCCUAGUGCAGCUCCUGGAGACGCCCAUGCUCUGCCUUAUCAACUAUGCCAGCCUGGUGGCCACUAAUGCAGCUCGACUGCGCCUGAUUGCGGGGCCGGAGAAGCGACUGCUAGAGAUGGGGCUGCGGCGAGCACAGGGCCCUGACGGGGGUCUCACAGCCUCCACCUAUAGCUACCUGGGCGGCUUUGACAGCAGCAGUAACGUGUUGGCUGGGCAGCUGCGAGGGGUGCCUGUGGCUGGCACCCUGGCUCACUCCUUCAUCACCUCCUUCUCUGGCUCCGAGCCGCCCCAGAUCCCGAUGCUGGCUCCAGCAUCUGGACAAGGUCCUCUCAGGGACCUUUCCAACCUUGCUGAGUCUUGGCUGGGCAAAGUGUGUGAGUGCCUAGGCCUUCGGGCAGAUGAGACACACCCUGGAGAACGGGCUGCCUUUGUGGCUUACGCCCUGGCUUUCCCCCAAGCCUUCCAGGGACUGUUGGACUCCUAUAGUGUCAUGCGGAGUGGCCUUCCCAAUUUCUUGGCUGUGGCCUUGGCACUGGCAGAGCUGGGUUACCGGGCAGUGGGUGUGCGCCUAGACAGCGGAGAUCUCCUGCAACAGGCCCAGGAAAUCCGAAGCAUUUUCCGGAACUGUGCCUCCCAUUUCCAGGUGCCCUGGCUGGAGACUGUGUCCAUCGCUGUGAGCAACAACAUAGAUGAGGAAGUGUUGACCCGGCUGGCUCAGAAGGACAGUGAGGUGAAUCUCAUUGGCAUUGGCACCAGUGUGGUCACAUGUCCCCUUCAGCCUUCCCUGGGCUGUGUCUACAAGCUGGUGUCUGUGAGAGGACAGCCAUGUCGGAAGCUGACGGAGGACUCUGAGAAGCAGACGUUGCCUGGGAGCAAGGCAGCCUAUCGGCUCUACAACCCAGAAGGAGCCCCAGUUCUGGACCUGCUGCAGCUGCAGGAGGAGCCACCACCCCAGCCUGGGCAGGAGCUGAGGGUGUGGCCCCUGGAUGUAUCAGGAGGUGACUGCAGAAGCCUGACCCUCACUCCGGCCUCCUUGGAGCCACUGCUCAGAGUCUACUUCCACCUGGGACAGAUGUGUGAACCUAUUCCUUCCCUGACUGAGUCCCGAGCCUUGGCACAGGAGUCCUUGAGCUACCUCAGCUCAUCACACAAGCGACUGGAGAAUCCUGAGCCCUACCAGGUGGCACUUUCUGAGAAGUUGCAUGCCCUGCUGGAGAGCCUGGCCCAGAGCAGCCAGGAGGGCCCCUGACAUUGGAAAGGGAGCCUUGCAUCCAAGAAACCUGAUUGCUCUGCAUGUCUGCUCUGAGUCCCAAGACCCCAGUCUAGGGAAUGGGGUGGGGAGGGAAAGGAGAAAAUCCCCUGUUCGACCCCUUCGGCAAAGCUGCACUAAAAUUUUGGUUCUCUUUGA